AUGGCUCCCAAGGUUGCUAUCGUCUUUUAUUCCCUGUACGGACACAUUGUCCAACUGGCCGAGGCCGAGAAGAAGGGCAUUGAGUCCGCCGGGGGCAAGGUCGACAUCUUCCAGAUUGCCGAGACCCUCUCCGACGAGGUUCUGGCCAAGAUGCACGCCCCGGCCAAGUCCAACUACCCUAUUGCCGAGCCCAACGACCUUCUCGAGUACGAUGCCGUCCUGUUCGGUAUCCCCACUCGCUACGGUAACUUCCCCGCGCAGUGGAAGACCUUCUGGGACAAGACCGGUGGCAUUUGGGCCAGCGGCGGCUACUGGGGCAAGCACGCCGGUCUCUUCGUCUCCACCGGCACCCUCGGUGGUGGCCAGGAGUCCACGGCCAUUGCCGCCAUGAGCACCCUCGCCCACCACGGCUUCCUCUACGUCCCACUGGGUUACAAGACCACCUUCCCUCUCCUGGCCAAUCUCGAGGAGGUCCACGGUGGUAGCGCCUGGGGUGCCGGUACCUUCGCCGGUGCCGAUGGCUCGCGCCAGCCCACCGCGCUGGAGCUUCAGAUCGCCGAGGCCCAGGGCAAGGCCUUCUACGAGACCGUUGCCAAGGUCAACCACCAUACCGAGUUGAAGCCCCAGGACUCGACUCCUGCCACUGGCGCAGCUGCGCAGAAGAUCGCGCAGCCCGCUCAGCAGGAGGGUGGCCAGGAAUCCCAGGAGAAAGACAGCGAGGGAGGGCCUUGUGGGCUGCCCAAGAAGUGUACCAUCCUCUAA